CUCUUAAGCGAGGGGUUUUUAUACUUUUCUACGGGCACGAAUGUUUUCAAUCUGUGCUUGCACUGAGACCAGGCAGGGAUUUCGUUAUGAUGGCUUGUUGAACACUGGGCAUUGAUCGGGUCAGAGUGGGAGGGCAGCAGGCGGGAUUACAGAGCCACCAGUUAAAACUAUCUUAGGGAAGUUUAUCUUGGCGUUGCAUUUUCCUCAGUGGUUCAGGAGAACAUGGCCUCUCUGUGAUUUGAAGAGGCUCAGUCGCCAAGUGACUCUGGAUCUGCACUGCUGUAGGAGAUGAACAUUAUCAGGCGUAUCUCCUCGUUUUUGUCGAACAAGCUGAGUCUAUAUCUGUGAGCCAGUAUGGGGGACUGGAACUUGUUGGGGAAGCUGCUGGAGAGUGCCCAGGAACACUCCACUGUUGUGGGUAAAGUCUGGCUGACAGUGCUGUUUAUCUUCCGCAUCCUGGUGCUGGGAGCCGCCGCUGAGAAGGUGUGGGGCGACGAGCAGUCCGGCUUCACCUGUGAUACCAAGCAGCCCGGUUGUCAGAACGUCUGCUAUGACAAGACCUUCCCCAUUUCUCACAUUCGCUUCUGGGUGAUGCAAAUCAUCUUUGUCUCCACGCCAACUCUCAUUUAUCUGGGCCACAUCCUUCAUCUGGUCCGCAUGGAGGAAAAGGAAAAGCAGAAAGAGAAGGAGCUCGCCAUCCAGAAUGAAAAGCAGCAGCAGUUACUUGGCAACAAGACCAAGAAGGCCCCAGUUAAAGACAACCAGGGCCACGUGCGUUUGCAAGGUGCACUGCUGCGAACCUACGUCUUCAACAUUAUUUUCAAGACCCUGUUUGAAGUGGCCUUUAUUGUAGCUCAGUACUUCCUGUAUGGUUUUGAGCUCAAGCCGAUGUACACCUGCGACCGCUGGCCUUGCCCUAACGUGGUGAACUGCUACAUCUCCCGACCAACUGAGAAGACAGUCUUCAUCCUCUUCAUGCUGGCAGUGGCCUGCAUCUCACUGCUGCUCAACCUGGUGGAAAUGUACCAUCUAGGUUUCACAAAGUGCCACCAGGGGCUCCGCUACAGACGAUCACAGCUUGCGAGUGGGGCCCCCAAGCACUUAACGGAGGCAGUUAUGCCCUUUGUACCGAGCUACAACUACCUUGCUGGUCAUCCUGCAGUGCCUGAGCCUUUCCCUACAGACUCAAAAUACGGCAUGGCAGAGCCAAACUCUGCUUACAGCCCCUACAACAGCAAAGUGGUUUACAAGCAGAACAGAGACAAUAUGGCUGUCGAGAGGAAAGGUAAAUCAGAGGGAGACGAUGUGAAGGAGAGGAAAACCUCCAGUCCUGUCUUUGAAAUGCCCGUUGAAAAUCAGCGCAGAAACAGUCAGUCAAGCAAGCACAGCAACAACAAGAGUAGGCUGGAUGACCUGAAGAUCUAGGGAACCUUCUGUGUUUCUAUACAAGGGGUUUCUAUCAGGAACAACAGGCAUUAGCCUGUGAACAUAAUUGCAUGAGUACAGAAGAUUAUUAGGAACAAAUCUAAUGAGUAAAGCCAAAAAAUAUUAUAGUUGUGAUCAAUCAAUGCAAGUCAAGACUUGAGGGCACACAGGACAGCUUUGUAAAUGAGGAACAAGUAUUGAAUGCAUUUUCAAGAGCUCCUCGGCUCACAGGGUUUUUUAAAUAUGAAAGAUUAUUUACCCACAUGCAUAAAAAGAUAAUAUCCAUAAAUUACUAUUAUGUUCAUAUCUUUUUCAUGGGUUCACCCAAGAGAGCAAGUAUCAUGAUGUUACUUAGAAGACAGGGUUUAAUAGGGUGAUGCUUAAAUACAUUUUAUUCUGCUUUCACUAUAAGUUUGUGUGUGAUGGAUGCAACUUUAAGGACUAAAAGUGAAAAAGCCCCACUGCUCACUCAAAAGUCUCAAUUCCUCUUUUGGGAUCUUGAUAUCAACUAAUAGCUCACACUUCCUCAUUUAAGCUCAAAACAAUGUUGUGCUUUCACAAAUCUGGCUGUGUUUUCUAAAAUGUUGACUUGCACAUUAAUUAACACUCAAACUUGUUUUGCACACGUUCAGUAGUUUUGACAUUAUUGAACUUGAACUGAAUAUGUGGGUGAUGAAGAUGCUGAUUACUUGAGAAUUUUUUGUUUACAAGCAGUUUACUUAAACUAAAACUGUGAGUUGCAUGAAAAAGAUGUCAAAACAAAAGCAAAAACAUGCUGUUACACUUGUAAAUAUGUUGCAGACAUGAAUUUCUUACUUCCAGUUCAAUAUUUGAGAAUAUGUGUGAAUGCAGCUUUUAUAUAUAAGUAUACAUAUAUACAUUUUAGAGCUGCGUAGUUUACCAUCACAGAUUUCUCAAACGCUGUUGUCUUUUCGAGAGACUUAGUGAGUAUUUCCAUUCAACUUUUGCUUUUAACAAUCAAAUAUUGGCAAUAAAUGUCAACCUUUAUUUGGACUUUCUACAAAAGCAGAUAUCAUGACAUAUACGAACAUUCAA